AUGAGUAUACCAACAUUCUAUACACCAAAGACUCCAUCGACCACUGGAUCAGGAGUGACACCAACGACAACAUCAUCAUCAUUGGCAGCAUCACAACCUCAAAAGGAAGCGGUCAUUGGUACAAAUGAUGAUGCAGCCUCAUGUAAACUAUCAGCUGUAAAUAUAGGAUAUUACAAUGACAAGUAUGUUCAUUACUUUGUCAAGAAGCCCAUCAGAAGACCUCCUUUGAUCAAUCGUGGAUUCUUCUCUCGUGUCGAAACGAUCGAACAGCUCACCCAACAGUUCUUCUCAAUAUACUCUGGUUGUCCAACAGUCCAAAUAGUCAAUCUAGGCUGUGGCUAUGACACCUUCUACUUUAGACUUAAGAGUAGAGGACUGGUCAAGAAUGUAACAUACUUUGAGGUGGAUUAUGACAAGGUAGUCACUAACAAGAUAAAGAUCAUUCGAUCUUCGAGAGAGUUGAUGGAUCUCAUUGUGGAGGAGGGUCAGGAUCCUUCAUUGGUUGUACAAGACACUCGUAUAAUGUCCAAAGAUUAUAGAUUGACGUCAAUCGAUCUGACAGCAAGCCGAGAUGUCAUUGACAAUGUAUUCCAAUCACUCAACAUUGAUUACAAUGCUCCAACAAUGUUCAUAAGCGAGUGUGUAAUAGUCUAUAUACCAACAGAGUGUGGCAACACCCUAAUCAAAUGGGCUGCCGACCGGUUUGCCGAAGCAGCCUUUAUAACAUACGAACAGAUCAAACCCUAUGAUGAGUUUGGUGCAAUGAUGAUCAAGAAUAUCGAGAACAAAGGAUGUCCACUUCUUUCAAUCACAUCAUUUCCAGAGAUCAAGGAUCAGAGGAACAGGUAUCUUUCAUUGGGUUGGAAACGAGUUGAUGUACUUGACAUGCUGAAUAUAUACAAUCAAUUCAUAACCAAGGAAAGACGUAAAGAGACUGAGGUAUUAGAGAUAUUUGAUGAGUUUGAAGAAUGGAAUAUGAUUCAAGGUCAUUAUUGCUUCGUGUUGGCCAUCAAGAGUGUAGAUCAAUCAAAGACUGUUCAAUAUCACUUUGAACAACAACAACCGAUGCCGACAUUGGCAAGUGGUACGAACACAGUGUCGUCCACCACAUCA